AUGAGUGACUCUAAAAUUUUGGAGUCAUCGUUAUUGUCAGAAGUAUCAGAGCAAGUAAAACCAGAUGAUUACAUGAAAUUCUUUCCAGCAUUUAUGAAUAUUUUAAACACAUUAACAGGAGCAGAAGUUCUUAGCGUCAGUAAUUCUAUGACAUUAAUCGGUCUGAUAUAUUCUAUAGGAUUAAUGGUUAUUACAACCAUUUUAUCAUAUCUUGGUACAAUUUUAGUUUUAUACUUAAGAAAUCAGGUUGAUGCAGAAAGUAUUAACGAACUUGCUACAAAGAUCAUUGGUAAGUGGGGUGGAAACGUGUAUUCUGCUCUCACAUUAUGCUUUACUUAUAGUUGCCAAACUGCGUAUCUUUAUAUUGGCGCCGAUUCAGUUAUUGGUUGGACAAAACUUGCUGGGCUCAAGAACUGGGACCAUGGAUUAAAGCGUUCACUCCAAGUAUUUAUUUAUGCAAUGGUAUUACCUGUCUUGCUUACAAUACCCCGCGAAAUGAAAAUUCUGAGCAUUGUUUCAACAGGUGCAAUCUUGUGCCAGGUUAUCUAUGUCUCUGGCAUGAUGUAUGAGGGAAUCAAAAUUUUACCAUCCCAAGGUAUCGAUCCCACAUGCGAAUCUCAUAUUUUUGGCAUCGUAUUUUUCAAUGCUUUUGCCAUUUAUUCCAUGCUUUAUGCUUUUCCAUCCGUUGUUUUACCUCUUGUCAGAAAUUAUAAUCCUGAUAUGAGAAAGAGAUAUGUAUUAAUUGGAGCAUCAUUUGUAGCUUGCUUUUCUAUCACAAUUAUCCCUGGCACAAUUGGUUAUCUUUUAUUCGGAAGGCGUACAAAUCAAAUUGUUUAUGCAUCAUUUGAUCAUAGUGAUAUCUUUAUGCAAAUUGUGCGUGUAGGUUUCUUUAUUGUUGUUAAUGCAUCGUAUGCUGUUGUAUCCAUUACUGUCAUGCAAGAUCUGUCAUCAAUUUUCUGCCACGUCGAAGAUCCUGCCGACCUUCCAUUCAAAAAGAGAGUUAUUGCUCUUCUUGUUGCCAACCUCCCACCUGUAGCUUUUGCCAUGUUCCUCCCUGAAAUUCGACCAGCAUUUGAAGUAGGCGGAGCAUUUGGUGGAUGCUUAUCAAACUUCUUUGUUCCACCACUUCUUUACGUUAUUCUUAGUAAAAAGCGGUGGUUCAGUCCAAUGAAUUUACUGAUGAUCGCAUUUUCACUGUUUGGCCUUGUUUCUGCUGUCAUCGCGACAUACCAAGCCGUUGUAGAUGCCUUGAAUCCCGAAGAUUAA